AUGGUCUCUACAAAGCAACUAGCAUUGGCUGCGGCCAUGCUGUCCGUUUGUGGACUGACCCAUGCUGAGAGUGACAUUACCUCCGAUGCUUAUUUCUAUGGCCAGUCUGAGGCUGUUUACCCUUCGCCCAAUGGUACCGGGUCCGGUGACUGGGCCAAGGCCUAUGAGAAGGCCGCAGCGAUGGUAUCCAAGAUGACUCUGGAAGAAAAGAACAAUCUCACGUACGGAAGCAGCAACACCGCGAAUGGAUGCUCUGGAAUCAUUCCGGCCAUUCCUCGUCUGGGAUUCACGGGUCUCUGCUUGAGCGAUGCAGGCAAUGGUGUCCGUGAUACGGAUUUUGUCAACAGUUACCCCAGUGGUAUCCAUGUCGGUGCUAGUUGGAACAAGACCCUGGCCUACGAGCGCGGCUGGCAUAUGGGAGGAGAAUUCAGAAAGAAGGGUGUUUCAGUGGCUCUUGGACCCGUGGUCGGUCCUUUGGGUCGGACUGCCACAGGUGGAAGAAACUGGGAAGGUCCUUCUAACGAUCCCUACCUCGGUGGCGCAAUUGCUGCUGCAACUGUUCAAGGAACACAGGAGCAAGGUGUCAUUACAAGUGUGAAGCACUUCAUCGCCAACGAGCAAGAGCUCUACCGUAACCCUACCACCAACUCCGAGAACCAGACGGUCGAGUCCGUCUCCAGCAACCUUGAUGAUAAGACCAUGCACGAGUUGUAUCUUUGGCCUUUCCAGGAUGCCCUCAGGGCAGGCGCAGGAAAUAUCAUGUGUUCCUAUAACCGAGUGAACAACUCGUAUGCUUGCCAGAACAGCAAGACUCUCAAUGGAUUGCUCAAGACCGAGCUUGGAUUCCAGGGCUUUGUUGUCUCUGACUGGGAUGCCCAGCAUGCCGGUGUCAGCGCAGCCCUCGCUGGCCUUGACAUGGCCAUGCCUGAUGGCCAGACCUUCUGGGGCAAUAACUUCACCGAGGCUUUCACAAACGGCAGUGUUCCCGUGUCUCGUCUGGAUGAUAUGGCUACUCGUAUCAUUGCCACUUGGUACCAAAUGGGACAAGACGAUUCGACCUUCCCCUCUCUUGGUGUUGGUAUGCCGUACAAUAUUAGCGAGCCUCAUUCGAUUGUGAAUGCACUCACCUCCGAUGCAAAGCCCGUUCUAUACGAAGGUGCAGUCGAGGGUCAUGUUCUAGUUAAGAACGUCAACAACGCUCUUCCUCUGCAAUCUCCCCAGUUGGUAUCUGUGUUUGGAUACGAUGCCAAAGCUCCCGACAGCAUGAUGCCCAACGGAAAAAGCUUGCUUUAUAACCCUUGGGUUAUUGGCCUCGAACCUGCGCUCUACGAGGUCGGUGAAGUCUUUGUGAACACCAGCCCUGAUUUGCCUGACUACUACCAAGUUGCAUUGAACGGUACUCUCUCCGUGGGUGGUGGCUCGGGUGCUAACAAUGGUCCGUAUCUGAGCGCACCCCUCGAUGCUCUGCAGCAGCGCGCGUAUGAGGACAACACCGUUCUCAUGUGGGAUACCUCCGUGGCUCCAUCUUCAAUUGGCCUGAUGGAGGCCUCCGAUGCCUGCUUGGUCUUCAUUAAUGCAUUCGCUGUCGAGAGCAUGGACCGUCCUGGCCUCCACGAUGAUUAUUCCGAUAACCUGGUGAAGAAGGUCGCAUCGACCUGCGCUAACACCAUCGUCGUCAUCCACAACGCCGGAACUCGCCUGGUGGACCAGUUCGCCGACCAUGAGAACGUCACUGCAAUUGUCUUCGCCCAUCUGCCCGGCCAGGAUUCCGGUCGUGCAAUUGUGAACCUGCUCUACGGCGACGAGAAUUUCAGCGGAAAGCUCCCUUACACUGUGGCCAAGAACGAAUCCGACUACGGAACUUUGUACAACUCCAAAGCCGCGGCCGCUCCUUAUGAACUCUUCCCCCAGGUAGACUUCGACGAGGGUAUCCUCAUUGACUAUCGCUAUUUCGACAAGCACGGUAUUACCCCUCGCUACGAGUUCGGUUUCGGUCUCUCGUACACUACCUUCGCUUUCUCCGACCUCAAGGUUUCCGCGCCUAAGAAGAACAUCGCUGCUUACCCCAGCGGAGCAAUUGAACAAGGUGGUGCCGUUGACCUGUGGGAGACCGUCGCAACUAUCACCGCCACUGUCCGCAAUACCGGAAAGAAGUCGGGCGCCGAAGUCGCACAGAUCUACGUCGGUAUUCCUGGAGGCCCCGUGAAGCAGCUGCGGGGAUUUGAGAAGGUCCUCAUUUCUGCUGGCAAGUCUGCCAAGGUCACUUUCCCCUUGACUCGUCGUGACCUGAGCAGUUGGGAUGUUGUUGCACAGAAGUGGGUGCUCCAGAGUGGAAGCUAUGAGAUCUAUGUUGGUUCUUCUAGCAGGAAUCUUCCUCUGACUGCCACUAUGGAGGUUACUGCUAGCUCUAGCGCUUAA